AUCACUUAUUGGUACACAUAAGUAGUGUUUUAAAACACCCAAUUUAAGAAGUGUACCGAAGGAUUCGCCUCCCAAAAUCUCAACUGCGUUUGGGGCAUAAAUUCAAUCACUGAAAAUGUUGAUUUUCAUCAGCUACUUCAUCUGCUGGUUCAUCGGCACCGCAAUCGCAGCCGUUCCUGGUAAGAGUCACUUGGAGCUCGGCGUGUUGCCUCCGACCUGCGAACGGAUCGAGUGUCCCAUCUAUUACCGGAUCGCAUCCGGCAAAGACUAUGAGAUUCGCCGCUACAGCUCGGCCGUGUGGAUGUCUACUUCUCCCAUUAACGGCACCUCUUUCGUUGACGCAACCAGGACCGGUUUCCUAAGGCUUUUUGGCUAUAUUUCAGGAAACAAUUCUUACCACAAGAAAAUAGAAAUGACAGCCCCAGUAAUGACAGAAGUGAAACCGAGCGAUGGACCAUUUUGUAAUUCGUCAUUCGUGGUGAGUUUUUCGGUUCCAAAGGCAAACCAGCAGGAUCCACCCCAAGCAGAAUCCAUGCACUUGCAAAGAUGGGGGAAAACAUAUGUGGCAGUGAGGCGAUUCGGAGGGUUUGUGUCCGAUAUGAAUGUUGGGAAGGAAGCAGAAGCAUUAAGUGCCAGCCUCAAUGGAACAGAAUGGCUCGACGCCAUCAAGAAAAGCCACGCCGGAGAGAACACGACCUUGUAUGCCGUGGCGCAGUACAACUCUCCCUUUGAGUUUCUAGGCAGAGUUAAUGAGAUAUGGUUGAUGUUCUUCGAUCAGAAAGAUCAGAGUCUAACUGCAGCUUGAGGGGAGAGGAUGCCACGAGUAACAACCAUAUGGUUUAUUAUCCCCCUCUGGUUCUCUACUGUUGGGUACGGUACCUCUUUAUUACUUGCAUCUGAAGUAAAUGUUGGAUUUAAAUUAUGAUAGACUGGUUAUGGUAUGUUAUUCAACAUGACAAAAAAACUUUUUGCUUUGAAUAAGUUCUCAUCUUGACUUUUGGACCCAAAAAUUGUGUGUACUUAUACAUAAUACAUUAUACAUAUAUGUGUAUGCCUAUGCACACACUUCCUCGGUCAUAAAAGGUCUUGUUCCAA